AUGUCGUCUAUCUCUUACUACGUGAAGAAUAUCUUCGCUUCGUCGUACGGCAAUGAUCGGCCGGCCUUCUUUAUUUGGCACCCAAAAGGCACUAGUUCCAGUGAGAAGAAGUUGCUCUUUAAAAUUGACUUCUUCAUUCUGACAUACGGAUGCCUUGCCUACUUCGCCAAAUGGCUGGAUCAGGCCAACCUCAGCAAUGCCUACGUCAGUGGGAUGAAGGAAGAUCUCGAGAUGUUCGGCACUGAGUUCAAUCUGGCUACGACUUGUUUUCAAGUUGGCCAGAUUCUGGGACCAAUUCCGGCAAAUAUUCUGCUGACUUGGAUUCCUCCAAGAAUGCUACUCCCAGGUCUGGAGUUCAUAUGGGCUAUCUUGACUAUUGGCACAUAUGCUGUGACCAGUGUACACCAGCUAUAUCCCAUUCGUUUCUUCAUCGGUUUCCUCGAGGGUUCUUGCUUCGUCGGCAUCCAGUAUGUUCUUGGUUCCUGGUACAAGAAGAGCGAGCUUGGCAAGCGCACCGCUAUUUUCGCCUGCGCUGCCUACGUUGGAACUAUGAUCAGUGGAUAUCUACAAAGUGCCGUCUUAGCUGGCAUGGAUGGAAAACAUGGACUUGAAGCUUGGCGAUGGGUUUUCAUCAUUGAUGGCAUCAUCACCGUCAUUGUAGCCCUCUACGGAUUCAUUUUCUUCCCUGACACUCCCUACAACACUAAGGCAUUCUAUCUCAGUGAAGACGAAAAAGCUCGUUGCGUCGAGAGAUUGGCCGAAGAUGGACGUACCGAGACAACUAACUUCACCUGGAGUCUCUUCUGGCGUACGCUCAAUUCGUGGCAGCUCUAUGUCUUGACAGUUCUCUGGAUGUUUUGGAACACCACGGUCGGCAAGGUCGCGAAUACUGUGAUGCAGCUGUAUCUCAAGAAUGACAAGGAGCACACUUGGUCACUUUAUCAGGUCAACAAUAUCCCAACAGCAAUCAACGGUUUCAAUAUCGUCAUGGUUCUCCUGCUCAACAUCUUUAUCGACACGACUGGUUACCGCAUGCGGGCUGUUGCACUCAACCUGUGCAUUCUGCUCUUCGGAACGAUCUGCCUGGUCGUGUGGAACAUCCCGCUCGGUCUCCGUAUCGUGUCAUACAUGUUUGCAGGUCUCGACGGGCCGCUGUCUCCCAUUUACUACUCUUGGGCCAAUAUCUUGACCACUGGAGACACCCAAGUCCGAGCGUUGGUUCUUGCCAUCAUGAACUCUUGCGGUGCCGCUCUCACGACGGUUAUUCAGCAAUUCCUGUACCCUGUCACAGAUGCUCCGAAAUACCCCAAAGGAUUCAAGGCUAGUCUCGGGUUUAUCUGCGGAAUGUGUAUCUGGGUCGUUGUUGUCCGCAUUUUCGAGAUGAGAUCCCUGCGAAAGGCGCAAGUUGUGGAGGCAGCCGAGGGCAACUCAGAGACAUCCGAUAGUUCGCCUACUUCGCUUGGCGUGACGAUGGAUCAGAAGGUUUGA